AUGUCUUACGAUACCUCAAUUAAAAAACAGAAAGCUACAGAAGGGGACAAUGAAUCUUUAUCUGACCCUUUAUUGUCAACAGAAUUUAAAAACUCUUGUCAAGGUAUUGAGGCAUCUCUAUCAAAUCUUGGAUAUAAGAUUAGAGAGCUUGAAAGAUUCAUGGAGAUGAUUGGAACUAUGUAGGACAAUGAAUCACUUAGAGUUUAGAUACUACAAACACUUAAACAUCAGUAUAACUAUUAUUCAAAUAUUAACUCAAAGAAUUAGAACUUGAAAAAGGAGAAGGUAUAAGCCUAUAAUGUUAAUCUUGAUGAUAUGACCAAGAAAUUUUAAGCUGUCUCAUAGAAAAUAAAAGAAAAAGAAUAGCUAUUCAUAGAGCUAGCAUAAAAGGGAAGAGAUAGUGUAUCAAUCAAGAUAUAUGCAGAGGUCGACAAUAUGGAUGAGGUCAUUCAAUAGAGGAAGAAAGACAUCACUCAGAUUGAAUCAAUAAUGUAGAACAUCAAUUUGAUAGCCAAGGAUAUAGCCAUGGAGACUUAAACUCAAGGUGAGAAGGUGAAGAGAUUAGAUGAGCACAUCACAUCAGCACAGACUAAUACAAAGGCUGGAUUAGGAGAGUUGCAAGAAGCUCAGACACAUUAGAAGAAAGGCCAAAAAUGCUUGAUCAUUAUUUUGGCAAUCACCAUUGUUAUCAUUGCAAUCGUAUUAGCAGCUAUUUUCGGUUGA